UGGCCUUGCAGUCAAUUGGUUUAGCGCCUAAGGAAAGAGGCCGCAGAUGUAUCAUCCUCACAACCAUAUGUAGGCAAGAGUGCCGUGCCAACAUUGCUACUACUGGGCAGUGUCAGGGGCCCCAGAGAAGACGAGGUCGGAGACUAAUCCAAGAGACAAAGUGAGUUUAGAGGAAGAAGGGGAUGGCGGUAGCAGAGGCCGAGGCCGGGGCCGGGACCGGGGCCGGGACCAAGGCCGGGGCAGAGGUAGCAAUAUCUGGGGCCUAGCACAGUAGACUCCCGCGGACUACCACUCUGCUUUAGCUUGAAGACUACUAUGAUCGGUGCUGUAAUUGGCCGUGGUGGUUCAAAAAUAAAAGAUCUUCAGUGUUUGACAAAAACACUAAGAUACAAAUCAUAACUGGGGAUUCUGAAGCAGAAGUAAAAAUUUUUGGUACCGAUGAGAUGGAAACAAAGGCCAAAGCAGCCCCAGAAGCUCUUGUUAAAAAACAAGCAAAGUCCAAGUCAGAAUCCAAUGUUGAUAAUGCCACAUCCCAAUCCUCUGCUGAUAGUGCUGCAUCUCAAAGCCCUGUAGAUAAUGCUGCAUCUCAGUCCUAGGCUGGAACAAAUUUCAGCACAAGUAAUACUGUUAAAAGAGUUCAGCCACUGAUAGACUGGGAUCAGAUCCAGGCAGCGACUAUGGAGUGGGAACAAAGAAUAUGGGAAGAUUUACUUCCAAUUAAGAAAAAUCUUUACAUAGAAUCCAAAGAUACAAGCUUAAUGUCUGCAGAUGAAGUAGAAAAGUGGAGAAAGGAAAAUUUCAAUGUAAUCUGUGAUGAUCUGAGAAAAGGUGACAAACGUCCAAUCCCUAAUCCAACUUGUAAAUUUGAGGAUGUCUUCCAGGAGGAGUAUUCUGAACUGAUAGAAAAUUUAACCAAGGCAGGUCUCCAAAAGCCAACACCAAUUCAGUCACAAGCAUGGCCAAUUAUUCUACAAGGAAUAGAUCUUAUAGGAGUUGUGCAAACUGGAACAGGCAAGACAUUGUCCUAUUUAAUGCCUGGUUUUACUCACCUCGUUUCUCAACCAAUAACUAGAGAGGAAAGGAAUGGACCUGGCAUGCUAAUCUUUACUCCAACUAGCGAAUUAGCUCUUCAGGUGAAAAGUGAAUGUUCUAAGUACUCAUAUAAAGAUCUUAGAAGUGUUUGUGUAUAUGGUGGUAGAAAUAGACAGGAACAAAUACAAGAUGUGACCAAAGGUGUAGAUAUCAUUAUUGCCACUCCUGGAAGACUAAAUGAUCUGCAAAUGAAUAACUUUGUCAGCCUAAGAAACAUAACCUUCGUAGUCAUAGAUGAUGCAGACAGAAUGUUGGAUCUGGGGUUCAAACCCCAGAUAAAGAAAAUCCUAUCAGAUAUAUGUCCAGACCAUCAAACUGUCAUGACAAGUGUGACUUGACCAGAUGCUGUCUGUCAACUUUCCCAAUCUUAUUUGAAAGAACCUGUGAUCGUUUAUUUUGGUACUCUGGAUCUAGUUGCUGGAAAUACAGUGAAGCAAAAUAUAAUCAUUACCACAGAAGACAAAAAACGAGCUCAUAUUCAAGAAUUCUUAAAUAACAUGGCACCUGAAGACAAAGCCAUCGUGUUUCUUAGCAGAAAACUUGGUGACGACAUAACAAGUGAUUUAGGCAUCCAGGGCAUACCAGUACAAUUAUUGCAUGGUGAUAGAGAGCAGGAAGAACAGGAACAGGCAUUAGAAGAAUUUAAAACUGGAGAUGUGAAAAUUAUGAUUGCAACUGAUUUAGCAUCCUGAGGUCUCAAUGUUGAUGAUGUCACACAUGUUUAUAAUUAUGAUUUCCCACGGAACAUUGAAGAAUACAUACACAGAGUAGGACGUACUGGAAGAGCAGGGAAGAGUGGCACAUCGAUAAAUCUCAUUAUUAAAAAUGAUUCGAAGAUUGCCAAUGAACUGAUUAACAUUCUGAAGAGAACCAAUCAGAGUAUCCCAGAAGAACUUGUAAGCAUGGCAGAGGAAUAUAAAUUCCUUAACCAAAAAAGACAUACAAAAGAAAGAUCAAGUAAAUCUCAAGGAAAACCCAAGGAGUUUUAUUAAAGUUUAUGUUGAAAAGUUGUACCAAGAUACUGGAAGAUUAAAAGCAAGUUAAAGAUAGGUAAUACUGAAGAUACAUAGAAGUACUGGAAACAUUCUGCCAGGAAAUUGGA